AUGCAUCCAUUCAAUUACUACUACAUCUCCGGCGUGAAAAUAAUGGCAUCAUCUGCUUCCUCCUCCUCCUCCUUCCUCCUCCUUUUUGCCCUCUUCGCCGCCGCAGCCACUGCCUCCCACCACCACCACACCCGCUACAUGCAUCUGCGCUUCUACAACCACGAGAGGAUCCUCGGCUCCGGCCCCAACGCCACCGUCGUCUACGCGGUCGAGCGCACAAUCUCCUCCACCGGCGCUGGCUUCGGCAACAUCAUCGUCUACGACAACCUUCUCCGAGCCGGCGUCGAGACCGACUCGCCUAUCAUCGGUCGGAAUCAAGGCAUGGGAGUCGGGUCGAGCUUGGCCCAGAACUCCGGCCUCACCAACUUCCAGCUGGUUUUCACCGCCGGCGAGUACAAAGGCAGCUCCCUCGCCCUACAGGGUUUGUUCCCGGUGGCUCCGCUGGGGACGGUGUUCGAACGAGCGAUCACCGGCGGCACCGGAAAGUUCCGGCUCGCCAGAGGCUACCUCUUGACCGUGGAAGUUCGUUCGACGAACACAACCCUCACCGGUCAACUCGACGCUUACAUCACUUUCCGUUGA